UCGCGUGUACCGAUAACCAUUGUUUUUAAUAAGGGCAGCAGAAGGCGCCUCAUUACCGACAUAUUACGUUUUUGCGUCUUCAAAUUCGUCAAAAUUUGUGUGUGGGCGCGCCGAAAUUUGUGUAGCCUGCUCCCGAUUCUCAUGUGCCAGACGAAUGAUACCGACGAAGCGUCGCGUGCUCGCCGCACGUUUGGCGAAGCCGACCACAAGGAUGCCUAACCAAAGCUUUGCGCCCCGUGGUCGAGGUGGGUAUCCACCCCGUGGAGGACUGCGCACCCGUGGCUCGGCCGGAUUCCGGUCCCCAGGAAUGAGACCUGCUGCUUCCAGAGUUGGUUCCGCAACUGGUUUCCGGUCCGCGGGAUUUCGCAACUCCUUUAGGCCUAGAGCGCCAUCAGUUGUUCCUAGAACUGGCUUGCAGGCCCCGAGGAUGACAUCUCCACACUCAGGCAGGUCUUCAGAAGCAGCCUACGGGCCUCCCAUCAAUGCAGGUGCUCCUGGCAUGGGUGGAGCUGGUGACGCGGAUGAGCGAGGAGCAUCGCGAAAGCCAGUUGCACACUCCGUCAGCACAUGGACGGUGCAGAUCGGAGAAGUGCCCAUCUCGUACAUCUCGCGGGAGAAGUGGAGGGAGCAGUGCCGCCCCGAAAAGGGCAUGCGGCCCGACAUGAUCGACGAGCCGUUCCGGGGCUGCACCCUGCAGGACAGGCACCCUAACGAGCCCAAAGCCUCGUACACAGAGCAGGAGAUGCGUAACCUCUGUCCCACCUGCGGCACUCUGGUGAUCCACUGGGAAACCCACAAGCAGGGCAAGCUGCACCGCGAGCGAUCCAAGGCCAGAGAGUCAAACAGCCACACGCCAGGACCAACACAGCAGGACGUUGUAGCUGCAUUGCGCGUGCUCCAGGCGACGCGACCUGACAUAAUCGCGGCCUCCCUUGCCGCCAGUUCACCCAACUUGCUCGCGUCCCUCAACAACGGCGGGAACAGAGUGUCGCCUCCGCGCGAAAGGAUGAGGCGAGGCCCCCGGUCUAGGUCUCCGUCGCCGGACAGGAAGCGACAUUCCACCCGAUGGGAGCCAGCGGACCAUUAUGACCGCUAUGACGAGGCUGCUCGAGCUCCGGCUCGUACAGGCGUCCCCAAGGGUACACCUUCCAGGGCUGGUCCUGGGCCAAUGCAGCAAAUGUACGACCAGCCACCACAUGGACCAGGUCGCAGCUACUCGUCAGGCUCAUACUCGUGGCGUUAAACGGGCAUCUUGACAUGCGACAGCACAUCAAUGUCUUCAUCCUGGAAUUUUCACUCUGUAUUGCACCCUUGGUCCAUGUGCUGAAUCGUGAAAUAAAGUUUUCUUCUCUACACAAAAA